GUUCAGCAACAUGUUCCCGCAAAGAAAUCAAAACACUACUCGCACCGGAGGAUCCCUUCCAGAAUGUGCCCGAUUAGGGAAGGCCAUAGAAGUGUGCCCUGUUGCCCGGUCAGAUGGCUUCCUGCCCUCAUAAUUCUGGGCGUGUUGGUAUGGUCCUACCACGUAUUUGUUUACCAAAUCUGCAUAAAGAAAGUCUCGGACUACUUGACCAUUGGACUGUUGCUCUUUUUCUACCACCUACUGUUGUUCAUGUUCCUAUGGACAUGGUUUCGGUGCAUUUUCGUAGCUCCAGUUAGGAUUCCCGAUCAAUGGAAAAUAUCACCCGAGGAUGUGGACAGAUUGAAACGAAACGACGGAGUAGAGGGUGCAGCUCGAGUCCUAAGUUAUGCAGCUAGAAAUUUACCCGUUGCCACGUGCACCAUCGAUGGACUCGUGAGAUAUUGCAGGACUUGCUGGAUUAUUAAGCCGGAUAGAGCUCAUCAUUGUCGAUCCUGCCACAUGUGCGUCCUGAAAAUGGACCACCACUGUCCUUGGAUAGUGAACUGCGUUCACUUUCACAACUUCAAGUACUUCAUACUCUUCCUGUUUUACGCUGAAGUAUAUUGCUUUUAUCUGUUCUGCGUAAUGAUCUAUGAUUUGUACCUGAUUUGUGGCUUUGAAGUUACUGCCCUGAAAAAUCAGCAUUCGUGGAACGUUCUUCAGUACGUGUCGGCUUAUGCCACAUACUUUCUGGUUGGCGGCAAGAACAAAAAUGGUUUCAAUUUGGGAUGCUUCGAUAAUUUUCGCGACCUUUAUGGCGAUAAGUGGUACCUCUGGCCCUUCCCGAUCUUCUCCAGUCGUGGUGACGGGCUUUUAUUUCCCUUGGCCCACGAUCGACUAAAGGAAGUCCGUACCGGUAACCAGAGAAAAGAUAACGAACCCACCAGAGCUCAGAUGUACAAGGGAAACUUUAAUCGAAUUUUAGGAAUUCAUCAGCCACCUUUCAAUGAAGAAUAGGUUCGCUUGAAAUAAAAGAGUAAUGUUAAAUUUUGAUUACGAUGCACUGUUCUUGGAAUUUAUAUGUCUUAAAUUUCUCAUUUUCCAUUUCAAAUCAAGGAAAGCGAAACAAAAACAUUCCCGUAGACAAUUCGAAAAGGGGGAGCUCCAUCAACAUCUUAAUUUACGAGUCAUUGGCAAGUGCAUCAGCUUGGCAACUGCAAUCCGCUGGCCAUUUCUUGGACCCGCUGAGUGGCCAACAUCGAUAAAUCCCCAGCAUUCCGGUUCCCUAGUCCGCUCCUGCCCACAAACGCAUUGGAGUCGUUUAUAAAACGCUUAACAUUCGUGACAUAUUUCGCAUUUGGCCGGGUGU